ACUCAUCUCUUCAGUGGGUCAUAUGAUUGAGUGUAGUCUGGCCCAGGAGUGUGAAGGUGAACAGAAAGGAGCCUGAGUAGGCCCCAUCACCAGCAGCAGGACCCAGAAAUGAUUCAUGUGAAGAAAGUGGAUUUUGUGGAUGGGAGUAAAUGGCACUGCACAAGUUGAAAAGAAGUCAAGAAAGAUAGACUUCACUUCUGCAACGGAACACUUUCUGGGAUGAAAAUAUUUGACGAGGCUCUACAUGGAGUACUGUCUCAUGCAGUCCCACCCUCUCAGGCCCCAGAGACUGAACAUGGUAUUUUGUUUUUCAUGACUGAAGGAAAUGUGAAUGUAGUUUUGUAAAUGUUUUGUAAAAUGUUAUUUUCCCAUCCCCAUAAUGGAAUUCACAUUUAUUUUAUGAUUUUUUUCCCCCCACCCCCGUCCAGUUGGUGGCGGCAGUACACACCAUUUGCGUGUAGUUCGCCAUAAAACCUCACAGAAGAAGAAGUUAACGGAAGUAAGCGUUGACCAAGAUCAAUUUUCACGUUAGUGUUUUUGUUAGAUUCAUUAACACAAUGGAACUCAAACUAUGACUAAUUUAACUGCACACCAUCACAUAUUUGCCCCAGGUAGUCUUUAAUUUGCGUUGGAGACAAGACUUGGUUGAUAGAUGUUAGGUAACGCUAGCUAGUAGCUGUUAACAAUGGAUAACGGUAUGGUUUUUCACACUCAAAUAGCCUCCAUCGUGGAGGUGCUAGCGAAUGCAGCCGUGGCAGAGAUCUGUAAACUCGUAGACGACGACUAUGCAGUGUUUCGUUUGGAAAUUUCCCAAAGCCAGAAAGAAAACAGGGGAUUGCGGAAGAAACUACAGCAACUGGAACUGAAGGUGGCACGGGAGCGCGCAGAGAGGACAACGCGAGAGCGGGUCCUCGCCAGUCGUCCCAGUAGUGUCAAGAUCCUCGACCGAUACAGAGGAAUGGCAAGAGGUGAAGGACAUCUCACUGGAGGCCACAGGAACUUUGUGAAGCCAGCGGGACACAAUACAUGGAGAGAUGACCAACCAAUCACUGUUGACGAGGGAAGUGGAACCUCAACCCAGCACGUUAUCAUGAUAGAGUCUGCAGAGGCAGCAGGUCCUGCGGUCAAGCUGGAGAGGUCUGAAGGAGAAGAGGAUCCAUGGCACAGUAGAAACAUCCAGACUGGAACGGCUGGCGUGCACCCUGUAGCCACAGUGCAGCCCAGGACCCAACACAGCAUCACGGAGGUCAGUGGAACGCCGGAGGAGGAGGAGGGUCCAGAGGUGCUGCGUAUGAAGGAGGAGGGGUGUGAGGAGGGUCUGUGGAACCCUGAGGGGAACAUGGUCAUGGGGGACAACCAAACUACACCUCCUCCUGACCCCACAGAGGAACUAGCUGAGCAGCACAGGGCCACAUACCGUCUCACUGAGUCAGUAAACAUGGAGGAUGGGAUGCCUGAUCUUCUGCUAGUCAAAGAGGAGACAAUAGAAGACGGACCAGAGAGCAUUGAUCUGCUGAGUGGACUAAAGAUGGGGGAGCAAGAUGGUUGGCUGGAAGCGAACAGAGGAGACUGGGAGGCCAUCUUGGAUUCCCAGACAGGUGCAGCCAAUGGCCCAGGGGACAACAUAACCGAGCAGGCCAGGACCAGAGGCGACAUAGUGGAGGUCAGUGGAUGGGACAGUGUAAUCAACUCUGGGCCGGGGAACAACACUGUUUACCACAACCAGAAACAGACAAUCGAACAGAAAUCAACAUCCGAACUUACUCUCCAUGAUAACAGACUGGCUGAGACCAGGGCGAGGCGUAGACAAGGAAGGAAGUGUCCGUAUGCAGCGGGUGAGAACAGACACAGACUCGGCUAGCGAUGCUCCAUCCUGCUCCUAUAAUUGUGUUUCAGACAGAGUGAUGGCGCAUGAGGUUGACCCCCUAACAGGUGCUGCCUUCAGCCUGCCUUCUGUAGGAUCUAUCAACUGGAACAUGGACCCUGUGACAACACAGACACUCCCUGGCCUUCGACCUCCUCACACUCUCCUAAUGUUUAACCAGACCUCAGAAAAUGCCAGUGCAUCAACACUAAAUGGUUAGACAAGCCCAUUGACAAAUGACAGUAAUACAGAUGGAAUAAGUAAAGGUGGUGGCGCUUACCGUUUUCAUUCUGUGGGAAAGCCUUCAGUUUCCCCAAACAGGUAGAGAUCCACCAGAGGAUGCACAAAGGGGAGAAAUCGUUCAGCUGCCACCUGUGCCAGGCUAGUUUCUCAGACUCAACCAACCUGAAGAGGGUCCACCCAGGGGAGAAAUCCUACACCUUCCCCAGAUUCCCCACCUGAAGAUCUACACAGGAGAGGGGCCAUUUGCCUGUGUUCUCAGAGAGGAGCUACCUCAGGAUACACUAGCAGAAAAUGCACACGGCCCAUGUAUAGUGAAAUGUAAUGUAGUGCUAGUUAUACUGAACAAAAAUAUAAAUGCAUCAUGCAACAAUUGGGUGAGUUAAAGUUUAUAUAAGGAAAUCAGUCAAUUGAAAUGAAUUCAUCAGGCCCUAAUCUAUGGAUUUCACAUGACUGGGCAGGGGUGCAGCCAUGGGUGGGCCUGGGAGGGCAUAGGCCUCCCCACCUGGGAGCCAAUGCUAAUCCUCUGGGGUGCCAGGCCCAGCCAAUCAGAAGGAGUUUAUCCUCACAAAAGGGCUUUAUUACAGACAGUAAUACUCCGUUUCAUCAGCUGUCCGGGUGGCUCGUCUCAGACGAUCCCGCAGGUGGAGAAGCUGGAUGUGGAGGGCUGGCGUGGUUACACGUGGUCUGGUUGAGGCCAGUUGGAUACAGCCAAAUUCUCUAAAACGACAUUGGAAGCAGCUUAUGGUAGAGAAAUUAACAUUAAGUUCUCUGGCAACAUCUCUGGUGGACAUUCCUGCAGUCAGCAUGCCAAUUGUAUCUUCCCUCAAAACGUGAGAUAUCUGUGGCUUUGUGUUGUGAGACAAAACUGCACAUUUUAGAGUGGCCUUUUAUUGUCCCCAGCAAAAGGUGUACCUGUGUAAUGAUCAUGCUGUUUAAUCAGCUUCUUGAAAUGCCACACCUGUCAGAUGGAUGGAUUAUGUUGGCAAAGCAGGAAUGCUCACUAACAGGGAUGUAAACAAAUUUGUGCACAACAUUUGAGAGAAAUAAGCUUUUUGUGCAUAUGGAACAUUUCUGGGAUCUUUUAUUUCAGCUCAUGAAACAUGGGACCAACACUUUACAUGUGUGUUUAUAUUUUUGUUCAGUAUAGUUUGUUGGUAGUUAAUUAUUUUGGUUUUUGAUAUCGUAGGGAACUUGUUGAGGUAACAUGAGGAAAGAAUUAGUGUGAUAAGGUGAUGGUUGUUGUGAUGGUGUCUGUAAAAAUGCUUCACUGAUGAAGUGACAACUAAUUCUCUUUAGGUUGAUGGUGUUUCAUAGUGAGAUAAAGAUAGUGCCUUAUUUCAUGUUUACUUGACAUGAAGUAGUGAAGAUGUGUGUAGUGUUGAACCUUUUCCAAAGUAUUCUAAUAAAUUAUUUAUGUAGUAGUGAAGAUGUGUCAAAGUCCCGUGUGAGAGUGCAUGACAGUUUUGCUCAAAUUAAAGACUAAAUUGAC